AUGUUGAAAAUAACCAAGACCAGGUAUAAUGUAGUUGGAUCAGACUUUUCACUCGUUCAGGCUAUUUGUGACGAUCGCCCAACGAAGACAUAUUUUAGACAGCUGCGCCCUCAUUUUCGCCAGCGAGCGUCUGUGACGUCAACAUUUCGAAAAAUUGAAACCAUAGAGAAUCACUUGAAAUUGCGUAAUCUCUCAAAAAUUUGCUGGGUUUAUCAAAGCGAUUCUAUCGAAGCUGUUUGGCGGUCUUUUCAAGCUAAUAAAGAUGCACUCAAAUCAGUGUUCCAGCUGGAGAAGGUAGACCAAGCAACCAAGACAAAAGCUUUAAAAGCUAAUCCCCUCCACGAUAAUAUGCUUAUAUUCGAGUUUAUCUUCACACUAAUGUUGAUGCAUCAGAUAAUGAGAAAGACCAAGAUUUUGACAAUAGAACUGCAGAAAGAAGAGCUCAAUAUAAAUGCUCUAAUACUGGAAGAAGGCACUGUUGAUUCCUUGAAUGCCGUUCGACAAAGUGAGUCAGAGAUGAACGAUCAAUUUAAAGUUAAGCAUUCAAUUUGCUAUUUGGUACAGACCCAGAGAUGGAAUUUGAUCGUCACUACAGGCCGAGAAGGAUGACCAGAAGACAAAACGACAACUCAACUUCUGCAACAAUUGCCUUCUAGGCCUGCUUUUGAAGGUUAAUGAUAGAAGUGCUCGAUUCCCUCAUCACCGAGUAGAACGAGAACGUACAUCAGUGCCUGCAUGAGAAAAUCAAGCCACUGCCAGACGUUCUUCGGCCCCCAUUGCAGAUGCCUGAGAAUGAAUAUCGGAACUCUUUCCACCAUCGGUUUCAUUAAGGUGACAGAACACCUUCGAGUGUUAAUUUUGCCUAAAUUUUUUUUAUUGGUUUCCAUGAAAGCACUAGAUUAGUUCUACUAUCUGACCAAAUUUGAACAAAAAAUGUUGAAAACUCGCAGAGUUAUUUAAUAAAAUACAUUUCGCUUGCAGUAAGAAAAACAUUGAAAAUGUAAUAUUCAAAUUCAAUUUUCUCCCGAAGAAUUUUACGGCAAUUAGUGAUUUUCAAACGAGUUGUUCUCCUGCGGGUUUUAACGAAUUUUUCUCAAAUUUUCACAGGACAUAGCUAAAGACAUCAGUUUCAAAAUCGUGUUUGGCUUUGUUCUAAUUUUGGAUAUUUUAAUAAUAAGGAGCAAUUCACUCAAACGAUUCAGAAAUAUAUUGCAGUCGUCAAAGGAAUCGCCAUAUCAGCGGAAUGACGAAAUAAACAAAAAUUUCCGAACAGAAUUUUUUAGAACAACUAUUUUACUGUAUAAAAAUGAUAUUCUCAUAAAUAUAUCUUAAAAUCAGCCGGAACAUAACUCAAAAGCGUAAUAAUUCUUACAUUAUUUUAUUGUUUGUCAAUUUUACAACUUUACCAUAUUUUGCAUGUACUGGCUAACAUUCGAUUCGUUCAAAACUUUAUAGGGAACACAUCGAGCAGACGAGCACGACAAAGCACCAAGUACGAUGUCGAAAUCAAAUCUUAGGAUGUCGUGGUCUGGCGAUUAUUCAUCACUACAGGAGUUCGUUGAAGACAAGUUGUGUUUAGUUGGAAAAUGGUCAUCUAUUGGGGGCGAAAAGAAGCAGUUCGAGGGGGGAAAUAUUGUGAUAAAUUGGUGGAAAAACAAAAAAUAUUUGGCAAUCUCCGGCGAGAAGGCAAGUGAUAUUGUAUGUAGAUUAACAACAUUGUUUACCGACACUUAUAUAUUCGACGAUCAUUGCACUGCCGCAGUUGAUGUUGAGAAUCCGAUUAACAAUAACUGUUCUUGUUUGCGUGUGGAAUCUACUGUUGAAACGGAAUGCAUGAAAAAAACCCUGCAAUGUUGUGGAAGCCGCAAAUGCUGCAAUUAACCCAAAUAUGACAAAUAUUGGCGGCCAAAUAUGCCAUUGUAAAUGUAAAGAACUGUCCACGGAUUUUGAGGGUAUAAAACUUGACCUAGUGGUCAAUGAAAGGAUUAUUCUUGAUAACACUUCCCGUAUUAGCAAGGUCGAAGGUUUAUUGGCGAGAUUUCAAACCGAAAACGAAGAAAUGAAACGCCAAUUAAGUAGUUUUGAAGCAAAAAUCACUGAGCCGUUAAAUCAAACAUGCAUACAUCAAACACUCGAGCCUCAUGUUGACCUUGAAAAUAAUACGAGAGCCUCUAGUUCUUUACAAUGUCUGGAUAAUAUGACUGAAUUAAAAGAGGCAGAAAGUUUUGUAAGUGUUGAAAACCCGCUUGAAGAUGCUUCUUUCAGUGGUGAGGGUCUUGGUAAUAAUAGCGUUAUUGUAUGCGAAGUUUUCACUGUUGAUGACAAUGAAAGAUUAUUAAUAGAAACUGAAGAAUUAUCUGUUGGUCCAGAUAAUAAGCGUAACAAAGCCCUAGAAAAUUGUUCAUUAUUAAAAAACCCAAGUUAUUUCCAUCGUUCAAAAAGCGGCUUAUAUAGGACAAAGGUCAAAGGCCACGGGGGUCCAUCACCUAAACUACAUGACGCAGCAGAGUAA